AUGUGGCUCCACCUCCCUCACACAGUAGAACACUUCCUGGUCCAGAUCUCAAAGGCCGAGUUUAUUGAGUGUGAUUAUCAAGGGGCACAGAAAUACCUGAGGCACAACCAUCAGGCCACUUCAACAAUGACACAAUAUGGGACACAAGUCCUGUUACAAGUGACAAAGGUUCUAGAUGAUCUUGGCAUCCAGUUCUGGCUCAGUUGCGGCACAUGUCUUGGUUGGUAUCGACAGUGUGGUUUCAUCGCUCAUACUACUGAUAUAGACAUUGAGAUUCCCAUUCAGGAGUACAGCACAAGCAUCAUACCGGCGUUUUUGAAAGCAGGGUUUAAACUCGUGUUAGUGACAGGGAAGCCAUCGGAUAGUUACACAUUUGCGGUUGUAGCUCACAUCAAGGUUGAUGUGUUUUUCGUCUAUGCGGCGAAGACAUACCAAUGGUAUGGAGCAACUGAACCAAAAAGUGGCCGUAAAUUUAAGUACAUUUUACCGAAGUUUGAAGUUUGCUGGACUCACUUUAUGGGUAUCCGAGUACGCGUCCCCUGUCCUGCUUUGCCUUACAUCAUAGCCAGCUACGGCCACAACUGGAACACCCCAGUCAAGCAUUGGAACUCGACUAGCAGUGGCAAGAACGUGAAGAAGAAUGGAGUGUGGCCAAAGGAAGAAAGGGACAGUGUCAUUCAAGUGUAUCUGUUACUGUAG